AUGGCUACAGUUCGCAUAAGGCAGACUGGGACCGAAAAAGAGGGCGUAAAUGAGUCUACACUCUCUCUGGAUCAAAUCCCUCCUUUGGGAGCGGAAAAACUAGAGAAGCGCUUUUGGUGGCAACGAACUCGGGCGAUCGAUCCGUACGCAAUUGCGACUCAGCCCAGUGUCUUUGAUGAUCCCGAAACAGCAGAGAAGUACCAGCCUCCAGACAAUUGGGAAAAUGUUCAUCGCUUCGAUCCACUGGCGCGAUGGACCUGGGCCGAAGAAGAUGCUUUGAUUCGAAAGAUGGACUUUCGCAUUACAGCCUGGGCUUGUGUCAUGUUCAUGGCUCUCGAAAUGGAUCGAACCAAUCUCAGCCAGGCAAACUCUGACAACUUUCUUGAGGAUCUGAAUUUGACAACAAAUGACUACAACUUGGGAAAUACCGUUUUCCUCAUCGCAUUUCUACUUGCCGAAGUUCCUUCUCAGCUGGUAUCUAAAUGGAUAGGCCCCGAUCGAUGGAUUCCCUCCCAGAUGGUCUUGUGGAGUAUAGUUGCUGGUGCCCAAUUCUGGCUAUCAGGUCGAUCCUCAUUUUUGGCUUGUCGAGCUUUAUUAGGCCUUUUGCAAGGUGGAUUUAUUCCAGAUAUUGUCUUAUAUCUCUCGUACUUCUACAAACAUCACGAAUUGACUUUACGCCUAAGCUGGUUUUGGGGCAUGAUGACUGUAGCCGAGAUCCUGGCCGCUUUACUAGCUUAUGGCAUCCUCCACAUGAGAGACGUUGAAGGUCGAUCAGGUUGGAGGUGGCUUUUCCUGAUUGAGGGCCUCAUGACUCUUAUUGUGGGAAUUCUAGCAUUUGGUCUGAUGCCCGCCGGCCCUUGCCAAACGAAGGGCUGGUUCCGUGGCAAAAACGGCUGGUUCUCGGAACGAGAAGAGAUUAUCAUUGUCAACCGUGUCUUGCGAGAAGAUCCUUCGAAGAGUUCGAUGCACAACCGUGAACCAAUUACACCGAGGUUGUUACUCAAGAGUUUGGGGGAUUAUGAUCUUUGGCCGUUAUACAUUAUUGGACUCUUGUUCCAGAUACCCGCUGCGCCUGUGAGCAGAUAUCUCACGCUGGCCCUCAGGAGUAUCGGCUUCAGUACUUUCCAAACCAAUCUCUUAACCAUACCCUCUAGCGUGUUGAAUAUCAUCACUAUGUUCGCUUUGAGCUACUUGGCCGAGAUCCGGAACGAGAUGGUCUUGACAGCCAUGCUUGGUCAGGUCUGGUGUCUUCCAUUCUUGAUUUGGCUCGAAGUUGGCUACACAGCUGAAAGCAAUAAAUGGGUCGUGUUCACUAUAAUCAGUCUCUUACUGAGCUAUCCCUACGCACACCCGAUCCAAGUAGGCUUGAAUAGCCGCAAUUCCAAUACUGUGCGAUCACGAACCGUAUCCGCUGCGACGUACAACAUGUUCGUGCAGCUCGGCAACAUCAUAUCGUCGAAUCUCUAUCGCGCCGAUGACGCUCCACUUUACCGACGUGGCAACAGAUACCUCCUCGCUAUCACUUCGGUGAGCAUUACCUGGUAUCUGUUUACCAAAUGCUACUACGUAUACCGGAACAAGCGGAGGGAUACGAUAUGGGAUGCCAUGACGCAAGAGGAGAAAUUACACUACUUGGCAACAACAACUGAUGAGGGUAAUAAGAGAUUAGAUUUCCGUUUCCAACACUAG